AUGGGUUGUACUGGUACCAAAGCAAGUAAAGCUGAAGGUGAUAUUGAUCGUUAUCAUCUUGAGAUAUUAGCUGCUGCACAAGCAGGAGAUGUUAAACGUCUUAAAGAUACUCUCGAUGAAUUGGAUAGGCGUAAGGCGUCUGCAACGAAAAAAGAUGUUCUCAAUAUGGGGUUUUAUUAUUUUUGGAAUUUCGAUUAUACAAUUUAUUAA